GAUCUUCAGUCUGUUGAGAGACUUUUGCUGAUAAAAUCAGUUUUCUACUCUUGUCCUACAUAUGGAGAUCUAGUUGUGUAAAGAAGUGAAGAAACAUUGUUUUUCAUUUGGAUUCUGCCUGUUUAAGGAGGUUUCACUGAAAUAUGAACAAAUAAAAGAAGACUCGUGCUGUAAGUAGGCUAAUGAAAUUGAAUGAAAUCUGCUUGACAUGCAACUGAAGAUGGAGUUUGUUAAAGAGGAGUUUAAAGAGGAGAGUGAAGACGUCAAUAUUUCUGAACCAUUCAGACUGAAGAAUGAAGAUACUGAGGAACAAAGUGAGCUGACUGAAGUGAAAAAGGAAAGUCAAGAACUGAAUGAAUUGGAAGAGAAACAUCAGUAUCAGAAACUUUGCUCACAGACUGAAAAUAAAUUCUCACAAAAAACUAGAAGAACAAAAACAGAAAAUUAUUUUAUCUGCCCUCAGUGUGGAAAGAGUUUCACACAUAAGGGAAGCCUGAAUAUCCACUUAAGAAUUCACUCUGGAGAGAAGCCUUAUACAUGCCAUCAGUGUGGAAAGAGAUUCACACAUAAAGAAAGCCUGAAUAUCCACAUAAGAAUUCACUCUGGAGAGAAGCCUUUCACCUGUCAUCAGUGUGGAAAGAGUUUCACACAUAAAGGAAGCCUGAAUAUCCACACAAGAAUUCACUCUGGAGAGAAGCCUUUCACCUGCCAUCAGUGUGGAAAGAGUUUCAUUAAGAAAGAAAACCUAAAGCAACACAUACGAAUUCACUCUGGAGAGAAGCCGUUUUCAUGCCAUCAGUGUGGAAAGAGUUUCACACAUAAAGGAAGCCUGAAUGUCCACAUAAGAAUUCAUUCUGGAGAGAAGCCUUUCACCUGCCAUCAGUGUGGAAAGAGUUUCAUUAAGAAAGAAAACCUAAAGCAACACAUAAGAAUUCACUCUGGAGAGAAGCCUUUCACCUGCCUUCAGUGUGGAAAGAGUUUUGCACACAAAAGAAGUCUUAAAGAGCACAUGAAAAUUCACACUGGAGAGACCCCAUACACAUGCCUGCAGUGUGGAAAGAGUUUCAAACAAAAGGGAAACCUUAAUAUCCACAUAAGAACUCAUACUGGAGAAAAGCCUUUCACAUGUCUUCAGUGUGGAAGGAGCUUCAUAGACUCAAAUGCCCUCAAAGAUCACAAGACAAUUCACACUGGAGAGAGGCCUUUUACAUGCCUUCAGUGUGGAAAGAGUUUCAAACAUAAAAGAAGCCUCAAAAUUCACAUUGGAAUUCACAGUGGAGAGAAGCCUCACAUUUGUCCUCAGUGUGGAAAAAGGUUUUCAGUUAAAGGAAGCCUUAAAAGGCACAUAAAAAUUCACACUGGAGAGAAACCUUUUGCAUGUCUUCAGUGUGGAAAUAAUUUCACAGAAAAAUCCAGCUUAAAGGAUCACAUGAGGAUUCACACAGGAGAGAAGCCUUUCACCUGCCCUCAGUGUGAGAAGUGUUUCACAAGUAAAACAACCAUGAGAGCUCACAUGAAAUGCCAUUCAGGGGAGAAAUUACACCACUGUUCUCAGUGUGGCAAGAGUUUUGUUCGAUCAAGAUAUCUCAUUGUUCAUCAGCGCUAUCACUCUGGAGAAAGGCCAUUUAACUGUGAUCAGUGUGAUCAAAAGUUUGUCUGUUCAUCACACCUGACAAGACACUUGAAAAUUCAUGGUAGUGAAAAGCCUUACAUGUGUUCUCUUUGUGGAAUGAGUUUUACACAGAUGGCCUAUUUUAAACAACACCAGACAAUACAUACUGGUGUGAAAGCUCAUGUGUGCUCUGAGUGUGGAAAAUCCUUUGUCCGAAUCAGCUCCUUGAAACGGCACCAAAGAGUUCAUAUGGGAGAAAAACCUUAUGAGUGUUCUCAUUGUGAAUGUAGAUAUGCUCAUCCAAGACUCCUGAUAACACAUGAGAAAGUGCAUACUGGAGAAAAGACGUAUGACUGCGCUCAAUGUGGGAGGAGUUUUAGCUCACCAAGUACUGUACAGAGGCAUUUAAAGAAGAAUUGCCCAAAGAUGUUACAGUGAGCAAACUUUAUCUUGAGAAUCUUUGUUAUUUGAAAUUUGUGUAUCUUCCAAAGAUAGACUUUCUCUGUGAGAGACUACAAGAGUAAUAUCAACUCAUAUAGGAUGGAUGAAAUUAUUUUAGUCGUACUAUUCUACUUAUUGUUAAUGACAAUAUUAGGAUGAGAUGGAUCAUUCCUAUAAUGCUAAAUAUGGCGACUGGUCGGAAUGGAAUACAGUAAGAGCUAAUCACCUUUUUGAUAGAGACGACCAGCCUUAAAAUAUUGUAGUCAUAGACUAAAAAUACUCAAUCGGACUUGGAUGUUAUGAUUACAGGAACAUUAAGGAAAUUAAAUUUUGUUUUCUAUUGUUGUAUGCUAUUAAUUGUUUGUUAAUUGACUGUAUAUGUUGCUGAUUGUAUGAAAUUAAAAGGAUUUAA